GCCUAAGAAAAAACAUUCGCAACUCAUCCACGCUACAAAAACCCUAGUUUCCCUUGUAUUUAUGUAUUCCACUUGAACUCUCUCUUGCUGGUUGCGGCUUCUAGAUCGGCAAUCUGAGCGUCCCUGUUUUCAAUCAAGCCAUUAGCCAUGGCACUGAUAUUGCAUGCAGGAAAAACAAAUAAAAAUGCCUUCAAGGCUCUUAUUACUGCGGAAUAUAGUGGUGUGGCUGUCAAAUUGGCUGAGAACUUUGAGAUGGGUGUCUCAAACAAAACUCCGGAGUUCCUCAAGAUGAACCCAAUUGGGAAGGUUCCUGUGCUGGAAACACCCGAAGGUCCUGUUUUUGAGAGCAAUGCCAUUGCUCGUUAUGUCACUCGCUCAAAGGCUGAUAACUCUCUGUUUGGUUCUAUGUUGAUUGAUUAUGGCCAUAUUGAGCAGUGGAUUGAUUUUGCAUCCAUGGAAAUUGAUGCUAAUAUUGCAAAAUGGUUCUAUCCAAGAAAGGGCUUUGGCACUUACCUUCCUCCAGCUGAGGAAGCUGCUAUUGCUGCAUUGAAGAGAGCCCUUGGCGCUUUAAACAGUCACCUUGCCGCUAAUACCUACCUGGUUGGACAUUCAGUCACCCUUGCUGACAUUAUCAUGACAUGCAACCUCUACCAUGGUUUCACCUUGAUCAUGAUAAAAAGUUUUACCUCAGAGUUCCCUCAUGUUGAGAGGUACUUCUGGACCAUGGUUAACCAACCAAAUUUCAAGAAGAUUCUUGGUGACGUGAAGCAGGUUACGUCUGUUCCACCUGUUCCAUCAAAGAAGCCAGCUGCCCAGCCAAAAGAAACUAAGCCAAAGAUCAAGGAUGAACCAAGGAAAGAAGCGAAGGAGGAGGCUGAGAAACCAAAGGCAGAGGCUGCUGAGGAGGAAGAGGCACCAAAGCCCAAACCAAAAAAUCCUCUUGAUUUGCUGCCUCCUAGUCAGAUGGUACUGGAUGAUUGGAAGAGGUUGUACUCUAACACAAAGACCAAUUUCCGUGAAGUUGCUAUCAACGGAUUCUGGGAGAUGUAUGAUCCUGAGGGAUACUCUCUUUGGUUCUGUGACUACAAGUACAAUGAGGAGAAUACAGUGUCAUUUGUGACUAUGAACAAGGUGGGAGGAUUCCUACAGAGAAUGGAUUUGGCACGCAAGUAUGCAUUUGGGAAGAUGUUGGUGAUUGGGAAGGACCCUCCAUUCAAGGUCAAGGGACUGUGGCUUUUCCGUGGGAAAGAGAUCCCUCAGUUUGUCAUGGAUGAGUGCUAUGACAUGGAACUCUAUGAGUGGAAGAAGGUUGACAUCUCAGAUGAGGCCCAGAAGGAAAGAGUUAAUCAGAUGAUUGAAGAUGCCGAGCCUUUUGAGGGAGAGCCUCUUUUGGAUGCCAAGUGCUUUAAGUGAUCAAUUUGACUCCCUUUCCAGCUCUAUUUUAUGGUUUUAGCACUAUUUUGUUUCAUUUCUGCCUUUCAGUUUUUUAGUAGAGUUUUGGUUUGUUCACUGUUAAAGGGUCAGAUAGACGCUGUUCUGAUGGUAACCUUAUAAGUUUCUGUUUCUCCCAAACAUACCUCUAAUAUUUUAGUUUUAGAUAUUCUGCUCUGCUCUA